UGUGUGUGUGUGUGUGUUUCAUCUCGAGCUCUCUCCGUUAACGCGCAGACGAGCUGAAACGGGCGCGAGCUGCUGGAUCUUUCUGAAUCUCUGCGCGCGCGCGUGUGUGUGUGUGUGUGUGUGUGUGUGUGUAGAUGUGGAUGUGGGUGUUAUCUCACAUACAGUCUCCUGGACUUUUGGAUAAAACGCAUCUGAUUUCCGGAUGAUGAUGGUGAUGAUGAUGAUGAUGAUGAUGAUGAAGACUGUCUCGCUCGGUGUCGGCGCGCGCAGGAUGUUUCUCGCGCUCGUUCUGGCGGCUCUGUGCGCGCUCCGGUCCGCGCGCUCUGCCCACCAUCACCAUCACUGUAACGGGCCGCUGCUCUCGCUUCUUCCUCCCACGUCGUUCCAGAGCUCGUCCGUCUCCUCGGAAAGUCACGCUGGGUAUUAUGCUAAGCUAAACAACAGAGGCGGAGGUGGAGGUUGGAGUCCUGAUCAUACGGACCGCCUGCGCUGGUUGCAGGUCGACCUGCGCGAGAGGAUGGAGAUCAUCGCCGUGGCGACGCAGGGUGCUUCCGGCAGCUCUGAUUGGGUGACCAGAUACACACUGCUGUACAGCGACACGGGAAGAGACUGGAAACAGUACAGACACGAGGAUAACGCUGGAGUUUUCCUGGGAAACACAGACGCUGAUGGCGUGGUCCAUCACAAACUGCCGCACUCCAUCCGGACGCGUUACCUGCGUUUCCUGCCGCAGGACUGGAGCGCCGAGGGAUGGAUCGGCCUGCGGGUGGAAGUGUACGGCUGCUCCUACAAGUCGGACGUGGCUGAUUUCGAUGGCAGGAGCGCUCUGCUGUACCGCUUCAACCAGAAGUCCAUGAGCACGGUGAAGGACGUGAUCUCUCUGCAGUUUAAGAGCGUGAGAUCGGACGGCGUCCUGGUCCACGGCGAGGGUCAGAGAGGAGAUUACAUCACGCUGGAGCUUCAGCGCGGCCGUCUGGCCUUACACAUCAACCUGGACGAUGCUAAAGCUCAUCCCAGUAGCGCUCACGUCUCGGUCUCUCUGGGAAGUCUCCUGGACGAUCAGCACUGGCACUCGGUCCUGAUCGAGCGCUUCAACAAGCAGAUAAACUUCACCGUGGACCGCAUGACGCGCCACGUUCGCUCCGGAGGAAUAGGGGACUCGCUGGAGGUCGACUACGAACUCAGUAUCGGUGGCGUUCCUCUGCCCGGCAAACCGGGAACGUUCCUGCGCAAGAACUUCCACGGCUGUAUGGAGAACCUCUACUACAACGGCGUGAACAUCAUCGACCUGGCCAAGCGCAAGAAACCACAGAUCUACAGCGUGGGUAACGUGACCUUUUCCUGCUCAGAGCCUGCAUCGGUCUCAGCCACGUUCCUGAGCUCCAGCAGCAGCUUCCUGCAGAUUCCGGCGGAUUUAUCGGUGCUGACGGAGACGGAUAACGUCGAGACGUCCGGAUGGAGCGCGAGUUUCCAGUUUCGUACGUGGAACAGAGACGCCAUGCUCAUGUGGAUCGGCCUGGAGGGGGCGGAGAAACUUCUGCUGCUGUUGAGCGACACACAGCUGAGGCUCACGCACCACCGAUCAGCGCUGCAGAGCUCGGAGAUCACCGUCGGCCGCAGUCUGAGCGAUGGACUCUGGCACUCCGUCUCAGUAAAGCUGAAUGGACUUCAGGCUUCCGUCUCCGUGGACAACGAUUCUCCGUCCAGCAUGAUGCUCGGACGUCACGCGCAUCCCGGGAACACCGUCAUAAUCGGAGGAUGCCCAGCAUCAUCAGCCAAUCAGGGCUGCCGGAACCCCACGCUGGCCUAUCAGGGCUGCAUGCGCUCCAUCGUCCUUAACAACCGUCCGCUCGACUUGUACCGUGUGCAGCAAGGGCUUCUGGGUAACUACAGCGAGCUCCAAAUCGACACCUGCGGCAUCCAAGACAGAUGUUUGCCCAAUUACUGUGAGCAUGGUGGGGAAUGUUCUCAAUCCUGGAGCUCCUUCAGCUGUGACUGCUCUGGUACAGGAUACACCGGAGCGACCUGCCACAACUCCAUCUUUGAAGUGUCAUGUGAAGCACACAGAUUGGCAGGAAGCUCUUCUGGAUUCUUCUCCAUCGACCCGGAUGGCAGCGGGCCGCUCACACACACCGUUGUCUACUGCAACAUGAGUGAGGAGAAGGUGUGGAUGAUAAUUGGUCAUAACAGCUCAAAACCGGUGAGUGUUCAGGGUUCGAGUUUUCAGAAGCCACAUGUCAUGAAGCUGAACUACAGCGCGUCACUGCAGCAGCUCACAACCCUGCUGCACAGAGCGCAACACUGCCAACAGGAAGUGAUGUAUCUCUGCAGGAAGUCCCGCCUCUUCAACACCUGGGAUGGCACUCCGUUAUCAUGGUGGAAGGACAGAGCAGGAGAAAAGCGGACGUAUUGGGCGGGGUUACUGCCCGGAGUUCAGCAAUGUUCCUGCAGUUUGGUUGAAAACUGCAUCGAUAUGAACCACUUCUGCAACUGCGAUGCAGACCGGAGCUCUUGGGAGAACGAUACCGGACUGCUGUCCUAUAAGGAGCAUCUUCCCGUGACGGAGAUGGUGGUGGGAGACACGAACCGAAGCGGCUCGGAAGCUGUUUACCGAGUCGGAUCUCUGCAGUGCCACGGAGACAGGUUUCUGUGGAACGCCGUGUCUUUCUAUCAGGAGUCGUCGUCCCUGCACUUCCCCACGCUGCAGGCCGAGCUCAGCGUCGAUAUCUCCUUUUACUUCAAGACCACAGCGCCCUCUGGAGUCUUCCUGGAGAACCUGGGAGUCAGAGAUUUUAUCCGGCUGGAGCUGAACGCUCCAUCCAUGUUGACGUUCUCGUUCGAUGUCGGAAACGGUCCACUGGUCCUGACGGUGAAGUCCCACGUCCCUCUGAACGAUAAGCAGUGGCACCACAUCCGAGCCGAGCGAAACGUGAAGGAGGCGUCGUUGCAGGUGGACCAGCUCCCCCUGCGCUUCCUCGAAGCUCCGCCCGAUGGCCACGCCCGCCUGCAGCUCAACGGACAGCUGUUCAUUGGAGGAACCGCCUCCAGACAGAAGGGAUUUCUGGGAUGCAUCAGAGCGUUAACUAUAAAUGGGAUGACCCUUGACCUGGAGGAACGUGCCAAAAUGACCCCGGGGGUGAGCGCAGGGUGUCCGGGUCACUGCAGCAGCCAGAACCGGCUGUGCCACAACCGAGGGCGGUGUAUCGAGAGGAACAGCGGAUAUGUGUGUGACUGCACACACUCGGCGUACGGAGGACCGCACUGUCAGACCGAAGUUUCCGUGUCGUUUGAGAGCGGCACGUCGGUGACGUACACAUUCCAGGAGCCGUUCUCGGUGAUGCACAACACCAGCCGUCAGUCGUCGGCCAUCUACGCUCAGAGCAGCAGGUCUCGGGAGAACGUCGCGUUCCGCUUCCUCACCACCAAAUCUCCCGCCAUGUUGAUGACGGUCACCACGUACCAGCAGCAGUACAUGGCCAUCAUCCUGGCUCAUAACGGGAGUUUACAGAUUUGGUAUAAACUGAAGCGGGAGAAGGAGCCGGACGUGUUCACGGCCACGGAGCACAGCCUGGCUAACGGACAACUGCACCGAGUGCAGCUCCACCGCGAGGGCAGGGACAUGUACGUCCAGGUGGAUAAGGACGUGAGUCGGAAGUACGGCCUCUCCACAGACCGAGAGUUAAACAUGAUCCGCUCGCUGACACUCGGCAAAGUCACCACUCGAGUGGGCGUGGACGAGGAGGUGCUCCAGGCAGGAUCGAGAGGUUUCAUUGGCUGCCUGUCGUCGGUGCAGUUCAAUCACCUCGCUCCUUUAAAAGCGGCCAUUUUGAAUCGAGGAAGCUCAUUGGUCAGCGUGCUCGGGAAUCUGGUGGAGUCCAACUGUGGAGAGCUGGCUGAUAGAUCCCACUCACACUCACUGUCAGACCACACAGACGGAGAGAAGCGAGGGAAGGAGCGUCUGAAGAACUCGGAGCCGAGCGACUCGGCCGUGAUCGGAGGUUUGAUAGCUGCGUUGCUGCUGGUUGUGCUGUGCGUCGUGGCGGUGAUGAUGCGUUUCCUGUUGCGUUUUCGACGCGAACGUUCCCGUCAGCCCAAAGAGAAGGACCCGCGGGCUCAACCGGAGCUCAGGGACAGCAGGAAGGAGUACUUCAUAUGACCCCUAAACGACCCCUCGGCCGAGUGACCCUAAAUCACCCACGCCAUUAGGGAGGAGGGCAGGAGAGCUGCUAGCGCCCUUGAUCCUCGUUCCCUUCCUCCAUAAGCUCAAGCUUGUUUUGUGCCCUCUAUAAGCUCGACUGUGGGGAAUAGGACGUGACCGAGCAAGAGAACGAAGCCACUGUAUCAAAGGAGAAAGUAAUACUUUAUACGACCUUUGACCUUUGGCCUCAUGAACCCCUUGCUGAGUUUAGGGAGGAGAGCAGAGACUAUCAGGACACAGAUAGUGCCCUUGAUGCUCGUUCCCUUCCUCCCUUCCAUUCCAGCUAGGGCCGAUUGAGUGGAAUGGGACACAGCCAAGGCGAUGGAGAACGAAGCUCAAGGAAGACAGGAGUAGUUUAUAAUGACCUUUGACCUUUAACCUUAGGAAUGGACUCCACACAGCAGGGACUGGGACACAGCCGAGGUAAUGCAGUGGAGGUAAAUGUGACAACAAGGAGAGAAAGAGUACUUCAUAUGACCUCUGACCCCAGUUAGGAGACCAGUCAAUCCCUCAGUGGCAAACACACACACAUAUAUACACAAACACACACACACACACACAAACACACACACAAACACACACACUAAUGGCACAUUCUCUGAAUGCAGAGUGAACAGCGGAACUGUUCUCAUACGCACAGGUCAGGUGAAUCCAUCACACUCCAGUCAUUACAUUAAUGAGAGUGUUAAUGAGAGUAUUAUUAGAGUAUUAAGGCGAGUAUUAUGAGAGUGUUAAGGACAGUGUUAAUGAGAGGAUUAAUGAGAGUAUUAAGGAGAGUGUUAAUAAAGUAUUAAUGAGAGUGUUAUUAGAGUGUUAAUGAGAGUAUUACGAGAGUAUUAAUGAGAGUGUUAUUAGAGUGUUAAUGAGAGUGUUAUUAGAGUGUUAUUAGAGUGUUAUUAGAGUGUUAAUGAGAGUGUUAAUGAGAGUGUUAAUGAGAGUAUUACGAGAGUAUUAAUGAGAGUGUUAUUAGAGUGUUAAUGAGAGUGUUAAUGAGAGUGUUAAUGAGAGUAUUACGAGAGUAUUAAUGAGAGUGUUAUUAGAGUGUUAAUGAGAGUAUUAAGGAGAGUAUUAAUGAGAGUAUUAAGGAGAGUAUUAAUGAGAGUAUUAAUGAGAGUGUUAUUAGAGUGUUAAUGAGAGUAUUAAGGAGAGUAUUAAUGAGAGUAUUAAGGAGAGUAUUAAUGAGAGUAUUACGAGAGUAUUAAUGAGAGUAUUAAUGAGAGUGUUAUUAGAGUGUUAAUGAGAGUGUUAUUAGAGUGUUAAUGAGAGUGUUAAUGAGAGUGUUAAUGAGAGUAUUACGAGAGUAUUAAUGAGAGUGUUAUUAGAGUGUUAAUGAGAGUAUUAAGGAGAGUAUUAAUGAGAGUAUUACGAGAGUAUUAAUGAGAGUAUUAAUGAGAGUGUUAUUAGAGUGUUAAUGAGAGUAUUAAGGAGAGUAUUAAUGAGAGUAUUACGAGAGUAUUAAUGAGCGUAUUAAUGAGAGUAUUAUUAGAGUGUUAAUGAGAGUAUUAAUGAGUGUUAUUAGAGUAUUAAUGAGAGUUAUUAUUAUUAUUAUUAGAGCGAGUCAGUGGAAGCGCUGUGGAAAGUGGACACUGUCUUUGAAACUCGUUUAUCUCAUUCUCGUUAUAUGAAGAUGUCCUUCUUGUUCAUGCUCAUGAUUCACACACGGACUGGAAGAGAGAAGGAAGCUGAUUGGUCGAGGCUUCGUGUUGCAUCACAAUUUUCAUCACAUUUAAAAAAAAAAGUCUGUGAUAUUGUUUAUGGAUUUAUUUCAGCUUCAUCACUAAAGUCGAGCGUUGACGGCUCCAGUCUCUCCUGUUCAUACGUCACAUGACCACAUCACUGUCGUCUGGUACGCGCUGUAAGGCGAUUAACACGUACUCGUUUUCUCUGAGUGGGUCUGUUUUGAGAAAAUGAAUCUGUAUGAUAGAUGAUUAUAUGGACAUUUAUUAUAUUUAUAAAUG